AAUUAGUGCAUGCAUGUAUACAUAUCCAUUUUCCCAACUCUCUCUCUAUAUAUAGCCCACCAACUCAAAAACAUAUAUAACAAAACUUUCCAUGGAGAAUUAUUCAUCUCUUAGUUGUGAAAUACAAAUCAUAAGAGCAAGAAACGUGGAUCGAACAUUGUUAGGAGGGAGUUUGUUUGUUAGAUGCUAUCUUUAUUCAGGAGAUGAUCAAAGAGUUGAAAUAAAGAGCCAAGAAAUAAUCCCAGGUGAUCACUUGUUUUGGGAUGAGUCUUUCUCAUUGGAUUGCUCUGGAAGUCAAGAUUCCAUUAAUCGUCUCAAACAAGGUAGUGUGGUCGUGGAACUUCACUCAAGAAAAAAUCUUCUUCUUCCAAUUUUAGGUGGUUCAAGCAUGUUUGGAAGGGCUGAAAUUCCAUGGAGAAGUGUUUUUGAGUCGAAAAACAUGGAGAUUAUGGAGUGGGCAAUUAUGGAUAAAAAGAAUCAUGUGAAGCCAAUGGCAGUGCAAAUCGCAAUGAAGAUAAGGGUAAUAGAGACAAUAAAAGUGAAGAAAAAUAUUAAUUCUAAGUUGAGAAGAUCAUCAUCAUCAUCAUGUGCUUGCAUGGACUAUUGUGGGUGUAAUAGUAGUAAUGUUUUUAGGGUUGAUGAUUAUCAAGUCUUUGCACUUGGAGCUGCUCUAGGUGCCUUGUAACUUGUUAGUGAUAGCGUGCAUGCCCACCCCAAUCAACUCAGGAUCAAGUAUGGUACCCUGUGUGACAAACUACAUUCAACUUUCCUUCUACUUAAUUAGAAGGAAAAUAUAUUUAAUGAGUAAUAACGAAUUUCAAUUUGCUUUAA